UCUUUCUUUCUUUCUUCCCUCCCAUCCUAAUUUCUAAAUCCAAACCGACCCAAUCUCACACCACCUUUCUUAUUCUUCCAUUUCAAUAUUUUUUUUUUUGAAUUUCGAAUGAUGAAUUUCCCUUGUGCCUGAAAUGGAAAUUACAUUGGCUUUCGGUUACAAUUUUUGAAUUAGAAAGAGAGAGAUUAGGGGGACUCCUCUCUGUCGGAGGGCGGAGGAAUGGUGGCUACCGGAUUAUCACCGGCGCUGACUUCGCCUUUUUAUUUGCAUUUUUUCGUUCCACAAUCUCUUUAAAAAUAAUUACUCCCCAAGAUUUCUCUCCCAAAUCAAAUCCCUCAUCCAAUCUUGUCCAUUUCUUCAGCUCCGCCGUAACCGUUUCCGCAUAUUUAGUAAUGAGAUUUGGGUAUUUGUGCAUAUUCAAAUUUCGCUCACUCUUUGUGGAACCCAAUUAGCCCACCAUUGUAGUGGAAGCCUUGUUUUGUCGUCUUUGAAGUUUGAAACCCAAUAUAUAUAUUUUUUUCUUUUUUUUUUUUUUAAAAAAAUAUAUUUUAAUAACAUACUCACGAUCAUAUCUUCUUCCUUGUUUGUUUGCUGUCGUACUCGUUCGUAUUACAUUUCAUGAACAUGAUAUAAGAUGCUCCAAUUCAUUAACUGACUCUACUCAACACAAGCAUUAACCAAAAACCAUGGACUUUGGCGGUGGCUCUGGUUGGGACAACGAUUCCUCCUCCGACCCUCAACGCAGAAAAAAACGCUACCAUCGUCACAAUGCCAACCAGAUUCAGAGGCUCGAAGCUAUGUUCAAAGAAUGCCCACACCCAGAUGAGAAGCAGAGAUUACAGUUAAGUAGAGAACUGGGAUUGGCUCCUCGACAAAUCAAAUUUUGGUUCCAGAAUCGGAGGACCCAGAUGAAGGCUCAACAUGAAAGGGCAGAUAAUAGUGCACUUCGAGCAGAGAACGACAAGAUUCGAUGCGAGAACAUAGCCAUCAGAGAGGCACUCAAAAAUGUUAUUUGUCCUUCCUGCGGUGGCCCUCCCCUUCAGGACCCCUACUUCGACGAGCAUAAACUUCGAAUCGAAAACGCCCAUUUGAAAGAAGAGCUUGAUAGAGUAUCUAGCAUCGCAGCCAAGUAUAUCGGGAGGCCAAUCUCUCAACUUCCACCCAUUCAACCUUCUCAUUUUUCCUCAUUAGAACUGUCCAUGGGUAGUUUUCCCUCCCAAGAAAUGGGAUGUCCUUCUCUUGAUCUUGAUUUACUUUCUGCAAGUUCUACAAGUGUUCCUAAUUUACCAUACCAUCACCCAAUUCACCUAUCCUCCGUGGAUAAGUCCCUCAUGACUGAAAUUGCCACAAAUGCCAUGGCAGAGUUGCUUAGGCUUUCCCAAACUAAUGAGCCUUUCUGGAUGAAAUCGCCAACUGAUGGUCGUGACCUUCUCGACCUUGAAACCUACGAACAUGCUUUUCCAAGACCCAACACUCCCUUGAAGAAUCUACAUUUUCGCACUGAAGCAUCGAGAGACUCAGGCGUCGUGAUCAUAAGUAGUGCAGCAUUGGUUGACAUUUUUAUGGACUCGAACAAAUGGACAGAGUUAUUUCCCACAAUUGUCUCAAUGGCAAGAACAAUUGAAGUUGUAUCGUCCGGGAUGUUGGGAAGUCAGAAUGGCUCCUUGCAACUGAUGUACCAAGAAUUGCAGCUACUCUCCCCAUUGGUUCCAACUCGUCACUUUUACGUCAUCCGGUAUUGUCAACAAAUUGAGCAGGGUGUAUGGGCUGUGGUUGAUGUUUCCUACAAUAUUCCCAGGGAAAACCAAAUAGUUUCUCAUCCUCAAUGUCACCGCUUUCCCUCUGGUUGCUUGAUCCAGGACAUGCCUAAUGGUUACUCUAAGGUUACUUGGAUUGAGCAUGUAGAAGUGGAAGAUAGAGGCUCGACUCAUUGGCUUUUUAGAGAUCUUAUUCAUAGUGGAUUAGCCUUUGGUGCUGAACGGUGGCUUGCAACUCUUCAGCGGAUGUCUGAAAGGUUUGCCUGUUUAAUGGUGACUGGUAGUUCCAAUCAGGAUCUUGGCGGAGUAAUUCCAUCACUAGAAGGAAAAAGAAGUAUGAUGAAACUAGCACAACGAAUGGUAAACAAUUUUUGUGCUAGUAUCAGCACAUCUCACGGACACCGUUGGACCACCCUUUCUGGGAUGAAUGAGGUUGGUGUUCGUGUCACGGUGCAUAAAAGCACAGAUUCUGGCCAACCUAAUGGUGUGGUUCUUAGUGCAGCUACAACCAUUUGGCUCCCAGUUUCCCCUCAAACCAUCUUUAACUUUUUUAAGAACGACAGAACCAGAUCCCAGUGGGAUGUUCUCUCGGAUGGCAAUCCAGUUCAAGAGGUUGCUCAUAUAUCCAACGGAUCCCAUCCAGGGAAUUGCAUAUCUGUUCUCAGAGCUUUCAAUACAAGUCAGAACAACAUGUUGAUUCUCCAAGAGAGUUGCAUAGACUCAUCAGGGUCACUUGUUGUGUACUGCCCAGUGGAUCUACCAGCCAUGAAUGUUGCAAUGAGUGGGGAGGAUCCAUCAAGUAUUCCAUUACUGCCUUCGGGAUUCACAAUUUUACCAGAUGGUCGACGGGACCAAGGAGAGGGUGCAUCGAGCAGCUCAGAUGUUCACAACAGGUCAGGGGGUUCGCUGGUGACGGUUGCAUUUCAAAUACUAGUAAGCAGCUUGCCAUCUGGGAAGCUGAACUUGGAGUCGGUGACAACGGUUAACAACCUUAUCAGCACCACUGUCCAUCAAAUCAAGACAGCCUUAAAUUGUCAUAGUUCGUAAGGAGAGGAGGAAGAGGAAUGAUGAAGGGAAGGGUGUAUCCAAUUCAACACUAUUUUUUUUUUCCUUUUUGUUUUGGUUUUUGGAUCUCUGCUCCACAACUGUUUGGGUCUUACAUAACAUUAAUACAUUGAUGAGAUGUGGGAGUGUUUGUGGUGGCAAAAUUGAAUCUGGGGGUUAGUUGGGAGCUUUGAAUGUGCUAAACCAUUAUUUACUGCUACUGCCAAAGCAAAGCUCCUGUCAUCCCACUCCCAUUUUACAGCCAAUAUUGUUGUUGUUGUUAUUAAUUGGUUUUGUUUAGUUUAGUUUUGGGAGGAACUUUUCAUGUUCUAUAUCACAGCUUCAGAGUCUACUGAGAGAGUCAAGAACGCACCAUAUGUGUUUCCACACUUGUUUUUUUUUUUUUCCUUCCCAAGCCACCAAUGCUGCAAACUUUGUAUGGUUCGGGCAUUGACUCUCGAAUGGAUACUUUACAUUUACUGAUUCUAUCUCAAUAUUUUCUUCUCUUUCUCA